AUGAUUAACUUCUGCAGCAGUAUUGAAAAGAAGGCAGUAACACCUCUCACAUGCAAUAAAAGGUAUAAAGAUAGCUAACCAUAGUACAGUUCAUCUGACAAUGAGCCAUAUGGCUUCUGUUGACCACAUUGAGGGAGUGUACUCUCUCAUGCCCGAUGAAGCAGCUGCUAACAGUGGCACUGCUGGUGCUACUCGACCUCGUAUGAAAUCAUCUUCAGUUGUAGACAAAUUAUCGGCCAAUCAUGAGCACUCUCGCAGACUCACCGACAUUGUGAAGAGAAAAUCGAGAAGCUCCAGCACCACUAGUGACACUCCUUUAAUAUCUCAGAACAAAUUAGUGGAUGGCUCUGAAUCAGAUGAUAAAGCUACAGACCAUAUUACAAUGCAGAUGAAUGAAGAUGUAUUAAUUAGUGAAGUUGAAGAAGAUGAUGUGCUAACACCACUAUCAGAACCACCAAGCAAGCAAAAAGGAAUACUAAAGCGCUCUGCAGUAGUGGAUAGUGGUAACUUCGGUGGGGGUGUCUCAUCUCCCAUGUCCAUCAAUUCCUCACCACCACUAUCUCCCUCCGUUAGUCCAUCCAGUCGAGGGGGGUGGCGGAGAGAGUCCGAAGUUCAGUUCCAGCUCCAACCACCUAGUGACGCUACACUUGUGGAGCUACAAACAAUCAGCGAUGAACCUGGAGGGAAUUCAGAAUUUGAACGCUUAGACAGUCUGGAGGAAGAAUCCCAAACAAUAGACCAUCGCUUAUUAUCAGGGAACAGGAUUAGGUCCAGUCUGACCAAACUAACGAGAUAUCGUUCCAAAGGCAAAGGUGCUCCACCACCUAGGAAGAAGUUGCAAAGGUUACAAUCACAGCUGGAUCUGGACGACCUCUCCCGGAAUGAGGUGGAGCUCAAGGCCAACCUCUACUUUCACAUCGGGAACCCCAUUAAGAGGUGGAAGGUCGAGAGGGUGGUCCCGAUUAAGCUCCUACUGCAGUUACUCAAAACGUUCUGCCUCAUUGUACAGGUGAUACUGUUUACGACAACCUUGUCCCAUCAGAGGUCUGACUUCUUCUACAAUAGUCGAGUGAUCUUCGAGAGCCUGUUCAUCCAGCGGUUCCAGAAUGGAGUGACCAUGCCCAGGGACACAUACACUGCAUACAACAUACAGGACAUGUACAGCGAGUUUGAAUACAUCUCAAGACAGUACUUUAAUCUUCGUGACAUCACGAUUGGUGGCUAUGACUACGCCUCAGUGGAUAACCAAGGCAAUCCCACUCCCAUCAUCAUGGAGCUGACUCAGUUCACUGUGGCCGAGCUCAACACGGUCAACAACUCCUACGUACUCGAUGGAACGCUCAACAAAACUGUAUUCUACAUCGGACAAAAUGACAACGCAACAUUAACGUAUCUAGAGCAUUCUCAAGACCCUUUAUUUCACAGAUUUAUCUCUUUGACAGUGAGAAUGCUUGUCAAGAACAUUCGAGUGGUGCAUGCAGAGAGAGCCGAGUGUUUCUUCAUCAACGUGUCCAUUAACUAUAAUAACGAAGACAACGGAGGAAAAAUUUUGUACCAUUUGGAGGAAAAGCACGCUAACUUGGAUUGUAAAAGCAGCAUUCUGAUGGGCUCAGAUAAGAUUGUAGUGAUCUAUGGAGCAAUGACCGCUUUGGACGUCAUGAUAAUCAUACUCUGCUGUUUUUCAAUCGGUCUCACAAUCAAGAGUCUUGAGCGAGCAAAAAAACUGGCAAAGGCAAUGGGGACCUUCUAUCGGAGGGAGCUGGGUAUCAAGCUCAGCUGGUGGGAGAGACGAUCACUGUUCCCACUGUGGCAUGCCCUCAAUAUCACCAGUGAUCUGCUCAUCAUUGCAGGCAGCUUCUACAAGAUCUUUGUGGACUAUAGGGUGAAUGACUUAGACGAUGCCAACCCAACCAGCCUACUUCUUGGGACGGCUGUUCUCUGUCAAGCGGGCGUAAUCCUUCGUUACAUAUCCUAUUUCAAAGAACUCAAUGCACUCACUCGGACCAUCUCCCUGGCCUUCCCCGAACUGGUCAAGUUCCUCCUCUGUGCAGGCAUACUAUUCUUGGCUUUCACUUUCAAUGGAUGGAUAAUCCUCGGUCCCUACCACGAAAAGUUUGUAGGUUUCGGUGGCUCCUUUGAAACCCUUUUCAGUUUGUUGAAUGGAGAUGACAUUUACACCACAUUCAAUGGCAUAGAUAUGGAGGACAGUGUAGCGGUGUACGUGUACAGUCGCUUGUACAUGUACGUCUUUCUUAUCCUGUUCCUCUACUUUGUGCUCAACCUCUUCACGUCGUUGGUGAUCUCCGCUUACGAGGCAUCACAGUCGUACAACACGGCCUAUGACAAUGAAGUGCGGAGGUUUGUCUUCUCUGGUCCACUCACUCCCAAUGGAGCAGCUCUGAGGGAUAUCACCAGAACUAAAAAUUACGUUGACCCUGAAGUUAUUAAGAAGAGAAUGAAGCAACCUCCCUCUGAGUCACCACAGCAGAAACGGAGAGGAUAUAGCUGGCUGCAAAGUGCAGAGACUGUUGAUCAAUAGAUCGAGCAAUGCUCUUAUAUUUGUGUUAUCUUUUUAUUAGUUGUACUAUACACAUACACUUUUGAGCGGAUGUCUUUUUCAAAACAUUUUUACAUCAA